AUGGCGCCCACACACGGAGACACCCCCCAGGAGAAAUUCGCCAGAAAAUGCACACAUCUCCGUAAGCUCAGGGUUAUUAUAAAGCUCAUCAUGGCCAAUCUGUUCUGGUUGGCUGAUAUAGACGAGAAGCUCGGCGAUAAUGUGAUGAAAAACAUACAGAUGUUGACCAGGAAGAAGGUUAAGAAGAGUGCUCUUACUGGCCAGGAAAAGGCAAUUUUGUGCAAGCCGAAAGAAGAGAGAACCGAAGAAGAAAAGGCACUUUUAUCAAGGAGCAUUGGGGGAUUAAAAUGCUUCAAAAAAUAUCCUCCAGAAGUAAAGGCUCAAUUGGCUGCAUGUACUUAUUACGUCUUCUAUAACGCAGGGAGGGUCAUAGUUAAACAGGACCAUCCACCAUCUGCGAUGUAUUUCAUACUGUCAGGUGAAGCGGCUGUAUCAGUAAGGCACUACGACAAAGUCUUGAAAGAAUGGAUAACGAUAGAAUCGGGAACCUUGUACCCAGGUACGAUGUUUGGUGAGGUCGCCUUGUUGCACGGUGUUGUACGAUUGGCUACCAUCAGCACUACCACGCCGUGUGAACUGUUGAUGAUAAAAAAGGAAGAUUUCGAUCGGGUCUUAAAAGCGACUGUUCUAAAAUCGUGGGAGGCUAUAUCGAAGACCAUGAACAACCUGUCGUACUUCAAGAAUUGGGAUAACUUGACAAAACGCGAAUGUGCCAUCAUCGCCAGAACAAAGAGCUACGCUACUGCAGAAACCGUUCUGGGUGACGACAUAGGUCUGCCAAAGUGGGUAUAUUUUAUCACAAAGGGCAGCUGUCAUAUAAUCGAACAUCUCAUGUUGAAAGUAUACGAAUGGAGAGGGUUGAAAACAUACAGUCUGAUUCUUUAUGAUGAGGAUUUUGACGAAGAUGAAGAUGACCGAACUGUCAGCCAAAUUUUUGAUAAGUACAAUAUCGGUGGCAAGGAGACACUGGCCGAUAAGAAGCAUGUAGGGAAAAAGAAAAGUGACGAGCUCAUGCUUUCUUUGGAGAAGGGAGAAUCAAAACAUCAGAAAGGUAGCAAAGAUUUUACGCUAGAACAUCAUUUUAUCAAGGUAUGUGAUUUGGGAGUUGGCGCCUGUUUCAACAUCGGCGAACCGUCCAGACGACGCAGGGUCGUUGCUAAAACACCAACCACCGUAUUGCUCGUCCCCAAAUAUUGGGUGAGGAGGAAUAAUAAGGAUAACAUCUGGAACAGAGUGCAACAGUUUCUCACCAAGCAUAUUCCUACGUCGGAAGAGAUUUUCAAAAACUUUUUGGAAGCGAAGAAAUUCAAGAAAUAUAGCCAUCAGAGUGGUGUUACUCCCUAAGUCGACGAAGUGAGUGAUGUAGACUAAGAUAUCUCCCUAACGAACACAAACUGCCAAGUUUAUUUAUCCAAGAAGAUGAUUUAUGAAUAAUAUUAUUUGUAUUCAAACGUUCCCGCGAGACUUACCUUCAUCAUAGCGAGGACUGAAGAUGGUAUUUGGUUUCAUGCUCAUAUAUCCCUGAUCUUCAAAUUGCUGAUCAGUGACCAUGUCAUUUUGAUAGUUGGGUGUAGCUAUCGCUUCAAAUGUCG